UGGAAUCUCUAAGGAGGAGGCAUUGGAAACGUUGCAGGUCAUAAGGCAGGAAUGUGAUAGUGAUGCCGCCAGGAUGGGUGGCGACCCCACGUCUCUCCGGAAGUGCACGGCACUGGAGCUCUUAGAACGAGAGCAAGCCCAGGGCUUUGUCGUCACCUUCUGUUCAGCGCUAGAUGACAUCCUGGGUGGUGGCGUGCAGCUGACCAAAAUCACUGAGAUCUGUGGUGCUCCCGGCAUCGGGAAAACGCAGUUAUGCAUGCAGCUGGCAGUAGACGUGCAGAUUCCCGAAUGUUUUGGCGGGCUGGCUGGAGAAGCUGUUUACAUUGAUACAGAGGGGAGCUUUAUGGUGGAGAGGGUGGUGGACAUUGCAACUGCCUGCGUUCAGCAUUGUCAACUUAUUGCUGAAGCGCAUCAGGAAGAAGACCAUCAUAAAGCCCUGGAGACUUUCUCCCUUGAAAGCAUCCUGUCUCAUAUCUAUUACUUCCGUUGCCAUGACUACACUGAGCUGCUAGCGCAGAUUUACCUUCUCCCAGACUUCCUUUCAGAGCAUUCAAAGGUCCGAUUGGUAGCGGUUGAUGGAAUUGCAUUCCCUUUUCGUCAUGACUUUGAGGACCUCUCACUGCGAACAAGGCUUCUGAAUGGCCUGGCUCAACAGCUGAUCAGCAUAGCAAAUGAUCAUAAAUUAGCUGUAAUUUUGACAAAUCAAAUGACAACAAGGAUUGGACAGAGUCAGUCCACGUUGGUACCUGCUUUAGGGGAAAGCUGGGGACAUGCUGCUACCAUCCGUUUAAUCUUGCACUGGGACAACAAUCAGAGGUUGGCAACGUUAUACAAAUCGCCGAGUCAGAAGGAGUCAACGCCUCAUGGCUUUCGGGAUGUGCAGCCUCCACCUCCAAGCCAAACCCCUGAAGGAUCUGAAAUGAACCCUCGCAAACGGCCACGGAUAGAAGAGGACAAACAGUAGCACUUCAGAAGUUAAACUUCGCUAAAAAUGUUAUGUAUGGAAAUGUUUAUACUGCAAACUUGGGACCAACCCCCAGGCACCCAAGAGACUAGUUUUUAACCAAAAUUGUUGCUUCACAAAUUAUUCUCAUAUUAAAGCCAGAACAUCCAUGCUUGCUCAGAUGUUUAGUUUUAAUGUGCCAUUGGCUUUUUUUAAUAAAAAUUGAAAAUGUUUUCUACAAAAGGGGGGUUUUUAUUUGGGUAGUGAAUGUUAUAACACCAGUCCUACUCUGAGCACAAAAGAACCUCCUACUCCCUCAGGGAAACAAUGGCAUCUACUAUGGGAUAUCUAAUGACAGGUCAUGAUUUUCCCUUUUUCUGUGUGCGCUGAAUUUCCAAAGGGCUCGAUGUAGCAGUUUGCUUACAUGCUUCAAGCCAGGGACGAAUUCAGUGAGACUUAUGCUUGUGUUUAGAAAGUUAAGCAUAUGUUUAUGUGCUUUGCUGAAUCAGGUCUUUGGCCAUUAGGCAGUGGGGAGUCCUGGACCAAAGAACUGGAGCACUGUAAUCAACAUCCCAUUUAUCUGUUACUGGCCACUGCAGAGACAGGACACUGGACUAGAUUGAUAUAAGAUCUAGUCCAGUCUGGCAAUGUCUACAAUCUCUCUUGGUGAAUAGGAACCCUUCUUUGUCACACAUCUCAACUAUGUGGCUAGACAACCUUCAGCUUCCAUGCUGCCCUUUUUCAAAUACAGAAUUUAGUAUGGAAAUUCUAAUUACAAUAUCAGGGCCUGUUUUGUUUGUGGUGCUAAUUUAAUUUAGAAGAGAGAUGGGUUUCUCAGAAGCCAGGAAUAUAUUAGCAGCUCUAAAAUAUAAACCAAAUGAAAGAAACAGCUCUGCCUACUGAGAAUAACCAGCAAGGAUCUGUUCUCUUUCACAGAAAACAAACCUGUAGUAAGAUUAUAAUGCAAGGGAAGAAUAUCUCAUUUUCAAAAUUCAAAAUAUUAAUUAUUGCCAGUCUUUUGAGUAUCAAUAGUCAUAGUAUCUGGGUACAUUUUAGGAGGUUUAUAUACAAGAGCAAAUAUUUCCCUCAACAAAGGCCACUGUAUGUCUUUUACACACACACACACACACACACACACACACACACACACACACACACUCCCUUUGCAGCACAGAAAUUGAUAUCAGUAUAGCUGGGAAAACCUAGCCAGCAGACUAAUGUGGGAGUCAGCAUCUCUAAUUUUUAAUUUGGUAAUUCACACUAAAAUUGACUUUGCCUUGAAACAAAAUUCAGUGUGGAAUAUGAGUCAUAAAACCUCUCUAUUUAAAAUGCCAAAAAAAGAGUGGCAGUGAUUUUUGGAUCAUUAUAGUGUUUAGAUAUAAUUUGCAUAAUAAAAUAUUCCAGGGGAAAAAAAUUCAAUUGCCAUUCUGAGAAUUGGGCUUUGUCGAAAUUUAAAAUCCAUGAGUCAGGGAGAGCUUUCCAGCAGGAGUGACACAGGAAGAAAGACGGCGGCGCUUGUGACUCAGACAAACAUUUCAAUGCAGGAGACACAGGCAAACAAAAGGAUUCUACUGCAUGUGAUGUCAGCAAGCAAAUGCUUCAUUUGGGAAUAAUAGCUUCCUACGUAUUGCAGUGCCAGAGGAGGGGGGGAGGUCUGAUACAGAAUGCAUGCCUGCAUAGCUAUAUAGAAAACUGCCCUGAUAAGGGGAUCACAAUCACAUUUUAAAAAACACUAGCAGUGGCUAGUGAUGCAUGUACUGAUGGUAGCUACACCCUGUUGUUAUAUUUAUGGAAAACAUCUAUUUCAGUCUAAUUAAUUGACCUUUCUCUACUUUUAAAAUAUGCAAUACUUUCUUCCUCCAUCUUCACAGAAAAUAUUGAAAGACCUGUCUGUCCUCCUUUUUUAAUAUGAGUAUCAGCUGGCCACACAUUUUUAUUACAGUACUACAGUGCUAUACAGUACAGUAGAGGUCCCAGCUGAGUCCACAAUCCUGUUUUAUUAUAGGACAGACUGUUUUGUUUGAGUAAUAUAUUCUAUAUUCUAGACGUCAUUGUCAAAAUAAAAUGAUAAUAUAGUUAUGGGCUAAGAGUGGAAAUCCGAAACCCCUCAAGGCUGUACAAGGGGUUGCCUAUACUGGAAAUUUUUGCAGGUUUCUGAAUAAGUCAUACUGGUGCAAUACAAUUUUUACACCAGAGCAUCAUGUGCAUUGUAGGGGAUUGUGGUGCUGCAAUUACAUUGUUAGAGCUACUCCAUAGCAAAAUUCCCCAGGGGAGCCCAGCCCUUGAGAAAAGAAUCUGACGGUUGAAACAAUGCUCCGUUGGCCAGACUGUAUUUUUAUCUGUGCCAGAAACACUGCAGGAGACAGUGGAGCACCUCCAGAUAACACUUAUUUAAGAGAAGAUUUUGGCCCCUUGUCUCAGCAGUUAAUUACCCUGUGUGAGGUGUUUUCUUCUGUGUGUGAAUGUGGCUAGAACUCCCUUUUGUAUCUCAUAUAUUAUUUCAAAGCAUCCCUGUGCUAAACAAAAUGGCUUAAAAGGCAAUUUUACAACUGCAUAAACUAAGAAACUAUCCAAGUUCACAGCAUUGAUUCAAAAGUAAAAUCUCAUCUUGUUUGGUUUGUUGUUAAGAUGCUGUUUGUCUCAAAUACGGAAACUUUAAAGAUCAUGCAUAGUUUACUAUUAUUCAA